AUGAAGAACGCCCUUGCGCUCAAGCAUCUCACUGAAAAGCCUUGUGCUCCCGAUGGUGGAUAUCGACAAGGGUCUGAAGAGCAGUUAUCUCAGCCCGGGAACGGUCAAUUUCCCCACGAGCUACCCUUAGCUCGUCACGCAGAGAUGUCAGAGAUCUCUCGUUCUCAAGCUGAGCAAAGGCAAACUCAGCUCGAUGCUUCGAGGCAGUGUCCACCAUCUGGAGACGCCUAUUCCGCUCAUGCUCGAGAUCGUCGCGUAACCCUUGCGUUACGCGAUCAAAGAAGCUCUCGGGAACACACCGAUCCACAUGAUCGUGUGGAGAGCGUCUUUCCUCCUCCUCCACCUCCAUUAAAGGACUCUCGCGGUGGCCAGCGCUAUCUAGUAGAGCAGCUGUUGAACCACCGCGACGUGAACGGACGUCGAGUUACCUCGUCCGGUGGCGCGGUCAUCCCCCGUCCUGGGAUACUUGGGAGCCCCGCUCCCAACUGA